AUGGAGGAGGACACAUACCUGGAGCUUUACCUGGACCGGUGUGCCGCCCAGGAUGGCCUCAUCCCUGUCAUGGCUCCCCCAUUCAGCCCAGUGGUACCUUACGAUGUGUACGUACCCAACCCAUCCAAUCCAGAGGCUGCCUUCCACCUGCAUCCUGAAGAUUGCGAAGAAGCAGCUGAGAACUUUCCCUCUGUGGAUCUUAGCUUCUUACCAGAUGAACUGACCCAAGACAAUGAAGGCCAGUCAGUCAUUCCAAGCAAGCUGGAAAUGGAAGAAAGUUGUGAAAAUCAACAGCCAGGCAGGUUGCCGUCACCCAGUGAGCAGGGUGCUCGUCUAGGUCCCGAGAGCCACCGUUUGCUGGCUCCCCACACACAGCUGCUGCAGGUUGGUGGGACUGACUCCCACCAUCCCUCUCCUGAGAAACCUGGCUCCGACCCCUUGCCUUUGGCAUCCAUAACUCCCAUGAUGCCGAUGACCCCUGUCACAGAAUGUUCUGGAAUUGUGCCUCAACUACAGAAUAUAGUUUCCACUGUCAACCUGGCCUGUAAAUUGGAUCUGAAGAAAAUAGCUUUGCAUGCAAAAAAUGCAGAAUAUAACCCAAAGAGGUUUGCCGCAGUGAUCAUGAGGAUCCGAGAGCCCAGGACGACAGCCCUCAUAUUUAGCUCCGGGAAAAUGGUCUGCACGGGCGCCAAAAGCGAGGAGCAGUCUAGACUUGCAGCAAGGAAGUAUGCCCGCGUGGUGCAGAAGCUCGGGUACCCUGCCAGAUUCCUCGACUUUAAAAUCCAGAACAUGGUCGGGAGCUGCGACGUGCGAUUUCCCAUCCGGCUGGAGGGCUUGGUGCUAACCCAUCAGCAGUUCAGUAGUUAUGAACCUGAACUGUUUCCUGGCCUUAUUUACAGAAUGGUGAAACCAAGAAUUGUGUUGCUUAUCUUUGUGUCUGGGAAAGUUGUGUUGACAGGUGCCAAAGAACGUUCUGAAAUCUAUGAAGCAUUUGAAAACAUCUAUCCUAUUCUGAAAGGCUUUAAGAAAGCCUGAGGCUACUGUUCAUUGCCUCUCGCGAAGCUGGCUUGAAAGUGUGCACGAGCCCAG